AUGCGCAGUCGGAACCCCGGAGCCGCAGGAGAUCAGAGCUGCGCUCCGGAGUAAGGGACAGGGACGCCAAUGAGUGCCAAAGUGAACAUGGAGGCUCCACCCAAAGAAGAUCGCAGACCUUUGGACCAGUCCUCCUCAUCCCCCAGCGAGGCCGUCCUCAUCUGUGGGAGCGAUGGUGUGGCUAAGAAGGCCCGACCCCAGCCCCACACCACCACAGCUCUCCUCCUACCAGCUCCGGCUCCCAGCCAUCAGAAGGUGGAGGUGACUCCAGCCGUCACCGUGGGAGACCCAGGUAAAGGAGGCAGGGCCAAUCAGACGGCCACGCCCACCCUGACAGCACAGGUGGGCGGGGCUUGUAGCAUCGUCCACGUCCUAGAGUGGAAGGAGGGGAUGGCCAUCCUGCCCAGCAGCAACCUCAAGUUCUGUGUGAGUGACGUGGGAACACUGAGCACACUGAUCACCCCAGGGACCACCAGCAGCACCAGUGAACCAGCAGCAGGGACUUCUGGGAGAUCCGCCGAUGCAGACGGUGCUCCAGCAGACAAGCCAGAUGUGUCAGCUCCUGUCGGCUCUGUGAGAGGUGCAGCUGUGGAGCCAGGGAGGCUGGCUCCGGUCAAACCCGAAGUCCAGGUCGGACCGGGACAACAUAACCAUGACGCCAGAACUCAGAGGACCUACACAGAGGAGCUACGCAGAGAUCCCAUCACUGACAGGAGGAGCGUCGGGGUGGAGAAGGUGCCAGCAGGCGGGAGGGUCUCCUCCCUUAACCCUGAUCACCUGAAACCCAUGAGGAAGAGGAAGAGGAAGGAGUACCUGAGUCCCUCUGAGGAAGACUCUGACAUUGAGGGCACGGAUGAGAAAAUGGACGACUCCAAAGCAGACAGCAGACACAUCAGAGGAGCUGGAGACAGUAAGACAGAGCAGUGGACAUGGGCUCAGUAUUUGGAGGAAACCAAAGCUGUUUCUGCUCCCAGCAAGCUUUUCCAAGAGUCCCAGAGAGUGCCAACAGUGAAGAACGGCUUUAAACAGGGGAUGAAGCUGGAAGGUAUUGACCCGCAGCAUCCGUCCAUGUACUUCGUCCUCACUGUGGCCGAGGUCUGUGGUUACCGGCUGCGGCUUCAUUUUGACGGCUACUCUGACUGCCACGACUUCUGGGUGAAUGCCAACUCCCCCGACAUCCACCCUGCGGGCUGGUGUGAAAGCACAGGACACAAACUGCACACUCCCAAAGGCUGUAAAGAGGAGGAGUUUACCUGGACCAACUACCUGAGGAUGACUAAAGCACAAGUGGCUCCCAAAGAACUGUUUGCCAGUCCUGGGAGGAUCGAUGUGAAGUGCAGUUUCGAGAUAGGAAUGAAGCUGGAGGCUGUCGACCGUAUGAACCCCUCCCUCAUCUGUGUAGCAACUGUCACUGAUAUGGUGGAUGAGCACUUCCUGGUUCAUUUUGACAACUGGGAUGACACAUAUGACUACUGGUGUGAUUCCAGCAGUCCUUACAUUCAUCCUAUUGGUUGGUGCCAGGAGAGGAACCUGCCCCUAACGCCACCCCAAGAUUACCCAGACCCGGGCAGGUUCUCCUGGUCUCGCUAUCUGGAGGAGACUGGUUCUAAGGCUGUGGCUGCAGACGCUUUUAAAGUGCGUGUGCCCCACAGCUUUCAGCCCCAGAUGAAACUUGAGGCCGUGGACAAGAGAAGUCCCGGCCUGAUCAGAGUGGCCACAGUGGAAGAGGUUGAGACUCACCGCAUUAAGGUCCAUUAUGACGGCUGGAGUCAUGUUUAUGAUGAGUGGAUGGACUCAGAUCACCCAGACAUACAUCCAGCAGGCUGGUGUGAAGCAACCGGUCAUCCUCUAAAAGUUCCUCCACGUGACCAGAAAACACAGCAGCCACAUGGUGUGAGGGAGCCUCCUGCUACAGGCCAGUCCACUUACCCUUCCUCUGUUCCCUGUAAACCCAUCAGCCACCCCAAAACCAACAAGUACAGCUUCCACAACAGGAAGUGUCCAACUCCUGGUUGUGAUGGUUCAGGCCAUGUGACCGGUCGUUUCACCGCUCACCACUGCAUAUCCGGCUGCCCGCUGGCUGAGCGUAACCAAGGCAGGCUGAAGGCUGACCUGUCGGACUCAGAGUGCAAGAGGAACCUCUUCUUUGGCCAGAGGACCAAGAAGACCCAUUACCGUGGCAGGAUUGGUCGUCCUCCCAAAUACAGGAAGAACCAGCAGAGAGACUAUCAGAACAUGUCCUCAGAGGGCGUGUAUCCAUCACUGUUCAUGUCGGCUCUGAGUGGACAGUCGGACAGGACGCUGUCUCUGUGCUGGGAGCAGCACUGUAAGCUGCUGCCAGGCGUUCAGGGCAUUCACGCCAGCCAGGUGGCGGCAUGGAGCGUCGAAGAGGUCUUCAGGUUUGUCCAGAAUCUAAUCGGUUGUGAAGAACAGGCUCGUCUCUUCAAAGAAGAGAUGAUUGACGGGGAGGCCUUUCUGCUGCUCACCCAGACCGACAUUGUCAAGAUCAUGAGCAUCAAGCUUGGCCCCGCCCUCAAGAUCUCCAACGCCAUUCUCAUGUUCAAGAGCACAGACGAGGGACUCAAGUGA